CACAUGGCCCUACCCACUUCCUGUGGGUGUAGUGGGAAAUUCCUCAGGUGCUACAUAAAAGCACUCAGGUUUGGACACGCAAGCACAACCACAGCAACAGCAUAGCUGAGCGCUUCGACCAGACAACUAUCACUACUACUACAACACACCAAAACAAGAUGGCCUCAGAGACGAUGAGCCCCGUGAACCCCAGUUUGCCUCCGGGACUGGGCCUUGAGGUCUCCCAUCACCCCCUGACCAUGAGGCAGGUGGUCAAUCUGGUGGUCGCCGUGGAGAGGUUGAAGGGCAGCCGUACCGAGACGGCCCUCAAAAGAAACUGCAGUGGCGGAAACCUCUUUAGCAUCAUGAUGGACGACCUCGUUGAAGUGAUCCACAUGCCUGAGGCACGAGCUCCGAGGAAUCAGUUCACCCGGACGGGCCAGUACGAGUGCUGCGUGAGCGACACCCAGAAGAAAAGUCUGGUGCUGCUCAGGGAAAGCAUGGAGCUGCAUGCCGUCCUGUUGCAGGGAGGAAACAGUCACCGCAAAGUCAACCUCAACAUGUCCACCUAUGUGCACCCGAACCCGAACGCGGAAGCCCUACCAGUGGCCCUGGGCAUCAAGGGGACCAACCUGUUCCUGUCGUGUUCCCAGGAGGGCAACAAGCCCACGCUGCACUUAGAGCAGGUGGCGGACAGGCAGAGCUUGAUGGGCGUGACCUCGGACAGCGACAUGCUGCGCUUUCUCUUCUACAAGAGCGACUCGGGCGUUAGUCUCAGCACCCUGGCAUCGGUGCGCUACCCCAAAUGGUUCAUCAGCACGGCUGAAGAGGACGACAUGCCCGUGGAGAUGUGCCAGCGCACCAGCAACCGAUAUGCCACCUUCCGCAUCCAGAGGCAGAACUAGUAGAUUUUUUUUUUUUUUACUGGAGAAGAAAGGAGACAUUCAGAAAAAGUAAACAGCAUCUGUUGACCAUUUCAAGGGCAGGUAGUCCAAUGCCCCAAAAAGGGCACUUGUCACCUAAAUUAUUUUUAUCUAAAUUAUAUUAUUCUACAAUUCAAUUGAAAUGUUACAAAGACAUGCUUUCUUUAAUAUUUAUGCAUUUUAUUUAACUAUUUAUUACAUGUAUUUAUUUAUUUAUAUGUAUUUCAAAACCUAUUUAUGUUUUGCAAUUGAUUUCGCGCUAUAAUAAAGUGUGACAGAGUGAAUUCAA